CAGUGACCCCUAGCGUUUCAAACGCAAAACUAUCCUUUUGUCUUUUUUCAAUCCAAUAUGGCGGUAAACGGUGUAUGAAAGGUGUAGAAUGUUUUGAAUCGAAACGAGAAAUAAAAAUCACAAAAAACCGUGGAAACCUUAAAAAAAAUAUGAAAUGGCUGGUGUGAUUACGACAAUGUCGUGCUGAUGAUACUUUUUGUGUUCUAUCGUCGCCCGUUUCGUGUCAAAAAUUAUGUUAUUUCAGUGUAUUUCAUACUGUGAUAUUUUUUGCUAAUGUGUGAUCGUGCAGCAGUGAUAUGUAAUCUUGAUUUUUGUGCUAGAUAUGUCUACCAAUGAUAAAGUUACAUGCCCGGGCGUGUGUGAAAGAACUGAUGCGGUAACCGUACAAUCAAGCAUUUCAGACAAUAAAGAUAUUAGUGAGAAAAAAGAUAAAAAAAUUGUUAGAAAAGUGUGUUUUCCUGAAGAUGAAAAAUUGGUCACGCAGUACUUUUCGCCUGCAAACCCUUGGCGCGAUGUGCCCACAACGACGCGUGCGCAGCUCGCAGCGGAGUACCUCGAGUACUGUCGAUCGAAUAGUACGCCACCUAUCGACUCCGUGCUUCAACAGAUACGGGAACUCCCGGAAAACACAAUCGGCGGUACGACCAGGGCGCCUCGGCUGUUGCUCUCAGAUUGCUCACUCCUCGGAACGGCUCCGACUGACGCUCUCGAGGCUCUGAUGAGAAAGGUUCAGUUCAGGAAAGUGGAACUCGACCACACAGAUAUCGAUGAUGAGGGAGCUGAAGCGUUAUUUGAUAUGAUCGAAUAUUAUGAAAGUGCGACGGCGCUGUGCAUCGUCGGGCCGAGACAGUUCGGUGUGCGAGGCUGGCAGGCUGCAUCCAGAAUGAUAAAGAAGAGCACGGCGCUGUCGGAGCUGGAGGUGUCGGGCGGGCCGCUGGAGGCGCCCCACGCGCCGGUGCUGGCGCGCGCGCUCAAGCCCGCCUCGUGCCGCCUGCGCGCGCUCGCGCUGCAGCGCGCGCAGCUGGCCGGCGAGCCGCUGCUGUGCCUCGUGAUAGCUCUGAAGACGAACGCGUCGGUCCGGGAACUGAGGCUGGGAGAUAACAACCUGUCGUCCAAAGACGCGGCGCAGGUGGCGUCCUUGCUGCGGUACAACACGAGAAUACAGCUGUUGGACUUGUCGAAUAAUCAAAUUCAGGAUUCAGGUUUAGGAUUUAUAGCAGAUGCACUAGUUAGCCAAACGGCGCACUCUCCUCCAUCGCCUUCAACUAUCUCCCCGUCGAGUCGUGGAUAUGAUUCGCGCGGUCUGGCGUUUCUCGUGCUCUGGAACAACCAGCUGACGAGGAACUGCGCACAUCAUCUAUCUAAAUUAUUGCGCUCGUGCCCGUCGCUGUGCGUGCUGAACGUGGGCCGCAACGCGCUCGGCGCGGAGGGCGUGCGUGCGCUGGCGGAGCGCGGCGCGCUCGUGUCGCUGGGCCUGCAGGCGGCGCGCCUGGCGCACGACGCGCGCGCGCUGGCCGCGCUCAUCCGCGAGCACACGGGCCUGCAGAGGCUAGAUCUCCGAGAGAACAAGUUCGGCGUGUCUGGCUUGCAAGCAAUAUUGAACGCUAUGAAGGAGAACACAACAUUAACACAGAUCGACCUUGACGAUCCGCCUGAAACAAACAAUUCGUCAGUGAACGCGCAAUCGUGCACCGAAGCGGCGACAAUGGCGCGACUGCUAAGCGAUAUAAGAGCGAUAUGUCGCAGGAACGAGACGGCCACGACAACGGCGCCAGACAGACUGCUUAGGAAGAUAAGUUUAACGUGCCAUACAUCUCCCACGCCCAAGUGGGCGGCCCCGGAGGAGGCGCGCGCGCGCCUGCGCUCGCCCGCGCCGUCGCCCGCGCCGUCGCCCGCCGGCUCGCCCGUGCCCGCGCCGCACUCGCGCUUCUGUGUCAUACCAGUGACCGCAGACAAACAGCCCCAGAGUCCCAGUCCGAACACGACUAUCAAAGCCAGCUACUGCCCCACACCGUCUCGUUUCAAAGUUGUACAGGUAGCAGAACCGCCACAAAUACAAGUAACACAGCCAGCAAGGAACUCUCCAUCGAGAUUUUCCGUUACGAGGAAUUACGAUUCCAUCUAUAAUCCCACGUUACCACCGACAUCCCCAUCACCGUCCCCAUCGCCAUCCCCGUCUUCAUCACCCGCACCGGAACUACCGGGUGAUAAAGGUGAUCGACUAUCAUCAAGCGAUGAUGAUAAAAAAUCGAGUAAUUUAAUUGAGAAAGUAAUUAAAGAUCGAGUAAAAGUUGACGAUACUUUAACACCGAAAGAUAAAAUUGUAGAUAAAGAUGAAGAAAUAAAAAAGAUAGAUAGCGUUGAUACAUUUAAAGAUGUAAAACAAGAAUUUGUUGUCAGUAAAACGGUUGUUGUUCCGAGAACGGAAAUACGGGAUGUUGUCACACAAACAGAUGUAGCUGUGACAAAAUUUAACGUCGAAGCUGAUUUGGAAUCUGAAUUCAGUAAAGAUGAAGCUAAAGAUGAUAACAGUGACAGAGUCAAGAUUGAAAGCGUGGUCAGUAAUACUGAUCAAACCAAUAGCAAAGAAAACGAGAAACAAUCUGUAAAUACGUCAAUAUCUGUGAUAAUUGAACCUGAUCUAAGUGAUAAACUUAAUCUAGGUCCCGAAAUGGCUGAAAAUACAGUACCUAAAGUUAUUAUACCGGAACGAAUAGAAGCCGUUUCCGGUAGUGACGCAGUUCUAAGUGAUGUGAAACAUCAUAGUGAUGCGAACGUUUUUAGUAAAAAUUCGUUGAACAACGAAAAAGUUUUAAAAGACAUUGGUGAUCUUAGCAAUAGUGAAAAACUCGUAGUAACUAGUGAAAUAAACAGUGGCAUAAGUGAUAUACACGACAAGUGCGAAGAAAUGUCUCAUACUGAGACCGUAGACUUUAUUGGUGAUGAUAAAGUAAUAAAAAGUGAAACGAAAAUAGUUAAAAGUAGUAUAGAUAUUAGUGAUAACGUUCAAAAUGAAACAACUGUUGCAGUUAAUGAAAAUAGUGUAACCAAAGUACAUCGCGACCAAAAUGUAAAUAGAUUAGAUGAUAAGGGAAUAGCAAUAAAUCAAAUUGCAGCAAUAACUCACGAUUUAGAUAACAUACUACAGGAAAUGAAUGAUCUGUCAUCUAAGAAUAGAAAUACUGAUUUAGUUAUAGACAACAAUGUACCUGCUCUAGAUAGGGAUAGCGUAGUUUUAAAGAAAAAUAAGAGCGAAUCUAGUUUAGAUAGUCCUGAUCUAGAAGUUUCUAGAUUGAUGAGGAAGCCGGUCAGUGCCUUUUGCGACAGUAGUUCGUCGUUAGAAAUAUCUGGAAGCUCGGUCGAGAGUCUUAUUAUCGACAGUCGCGUGAAAGCGAACGAUUGUAUGCGGACGAUGUCGACGGAAAGCAGCGUCGAGUCGACCAGUGAUGUGACGCCAGUUAAUUUAAAUAUAUCAAUAAGUUCGAACGAGAGCGUCUCCCCGAUUAUUUUUAAUACGAAAAAAAUUCACGGGUCACUGUCGAGUCUGGAGGCCAGUGUCAGUUCAGUGGACUCGGCGCGGACUGAGAAAAUUAUGGUGACGUCUGCUGAUUCGGGCAUAGAGUAUUCCUUGCAGAAUCCGUCUGAGAUUAAGGAGGAUAGUUCGUCGAACGAAGGCACCUUGACUUGUAGUUCGAGUUUGAAGGAGUCUGUUAAAAAAGAUGCGCAGCAGACUUUGACAUCUCCCAAGAGGACGUCAAGUCUGUUAGACGUCCCAGCUUUGAAGUCUAAAGGCUUAGAAAAGAUGAGAAAGAUCUCGUGGGUGGCGCCGUCGGCCAGUUUCCAUUUACCGAAACCGGAGGAGAGGAUCGAGUACAAACUACCGAGCAAUUUAGAAAAAUUGCUGAGUCUCUUCCAGCAUCCGAGCAGUCUGUUUUCUAGAAAUAGUGACGAUGAGAAAAAGUCGACAUCGAGCACUCCGCCUAGGAAAGAUUCAUCUUUGACUAGUUCGUUUUGGUCAUGGGGGAGCAUUACGGAUAAAAACGACAAAGAUGAUACAGAUAGUCUAUCAGAGGCGACAGAUUCAACUCUGUCAGAAAGGGUCCAAGUAUCGUUCGUCGACGAGUCGUUUUCUAGAAAGCUCGACAGUAAAACGCCAUCCACAGACACAGAUAACACAUUAAGCGAGUUCCAGACUUUCCCGACGGGGGAGACCAGAGUUACCGAAACCACCGAUGACAAUUUAGUACAAAAAUGUUUAGCUUUAAGCGAUAAUUUAGACGCAGGUGAUGAUCAGCCGUGUGAUAAUAUAGAUCUCAAUGAGCCCAACGACUUGAAUAACGUAUACGAUAACCGGUCUGGACCGGAAACGGCGUGUAGUGUAGCUACGUUAGUUAAGUUAGACGACGAUAAACCAGACGCUUGGCCCCGGACGUUUGCGUCGGUACUGAAAUCGUCCGGCUCGGAGAAUUCUUUAGAAAAACAGACCAGUCCGGAAGCCGGACAUCCGGUAGAUAAACUGCCCAGUAAAAUAAUACGAGGUAUCAAGGAAAAUAUAAGUCCUGAGAAUACUUUAACAUCAAGCAUAACUACAGCUUUAGCAAUGGAUCUCGCAGAUCGGCAAGACAAGACUGAACCAAAAGUUGAAGAUAUUAAAGUCCAAAGCGAUUUAGCUCCAAUUGCAACGAUUGACGAAACUAGCGACAUAGCCGCUGACGAUCUAAUACAAUUAGCUUACAUCGAUGACGCUAAAGUUGACGAGAGAGUUGUGGAUAUUGGGAAAAAAUUAGACGCAGAGAAACAGGAAUUGUGCAAUGUUGAUUUAGGAAAGGACGCCUUAUCCUACCUAAUGUUCGAAAAUCAAGAAUUUGAAACGACGCAAGCGGAAAAAUCGCCGCAGGGAUCCCUUGCGCAGGAAUUGAGAGAUGCGGAGAUAAAGGAAAUGUUGGAUUUAUCACCAGAACUGGUGAUCGACGAAGCGGUCGAAAUACCGGAGAUAUUUACAGUCGAAAUUAAAGGUAGACGGAGUUCGCCUAUCAUACCCGAAAGGGCUAAACUUAAAAAGUCGAAUUCGCUGGAAGAUUUGACGAAACGGCCCGUUUUAGAGGAAAAGGAUAGUCCCAAAUUAAAAAGUAUAGCCUUCAAAGUACCAGAGAGUACUACACCGAGAGACAUACCAGAAAGAAAAUCGAAAUUACGAAGUCGAAGCGGUUCAAGCCCUAAAUCUUUACCGGAAAGCUUAAAUAAACCUUGUCCUCUCGCAAAAAUGGACUCGAUUUUGAGCAAAAAGAAAAAGAAAGUGUCUUCACUGGGCAAAAUGGCGAGAGAUUCCCUUCUAGCAUUAAAUAUGAGUGAAGAAGAGAUUGCGGAAUUUAGAAGAUCGUAUAAAUUAACAUCUGUUGAGAGUUUAAGGUCCUUGGAAUCGGUUUCCGAGGACGCCAACUCUCAAAGCGGGACUUCCUUCGAUUCAAGAUGUAAAGCUUGUUUGAGAACGUCGCAAGAGAGUCUCAUGUCCCUGGACUCGAUAACAGAAGAUUGUAGAUGUAUAGAAGACUGCGAGAAACGACAGAACAGAUGAACAAACUUGCGACACUACUGCGACACUUUUGUCGCUUACGGGUAUAGCUUGGUGGUUUCAAAUAUGAAUAAAAAGUUCAUUUCUAGUAUUAAAACAUAUUGCGGUCGAAUAUUUAUUAUUGUAUAUUUGUACAGAUGUAUUAUGUCGGUUCAGAAAUUUUAUAUGAUUGAAAAAAAAAAAGUGUUUCGCGCGCUUUCACCAUCGACGGUAUUUGAACAGCGUUCGAUAAUUCGAAAUUUAAAAUUGUGGAACGGUUUUUUAAAUUUUUUAGAAUACGAUUCGAAUUUUUUACAAAUAUAUCGGUUUAUAUUUUCGAAAUUCAAAUACCGUCGGUAGGAAAGAUUUGGCUUUGCGGAUGAAAAAAUUAAUAUAUUAUAUAUCGUCGCCAUCUUUGAUUCGCGGCUUUAAUGAUGUAACUCGUUAUAUUUAUCGAUAGUCGAUAUAUCAAAUUGAUGUAUCGAAAUUUAUUCUCUUGAAAUUAAUUAAAAAAAACACGUUGUAAUUAUAUAAUAAAAAAUGUAGAAUUGAAAUAGUAUGUUUCAGACAAAUUCUCAUUAACUGUCACAGUUUUAUUUAAAUAGACGAAUAAAAUAUGUACUUACAA